AGUUUUUUGUAAAGACCAAUUGCCGGUUGUGAGCUUCUAAGAAUCUCCUUCUUAUUAUGAGAUGGAAAAGCUUCUUUGGAUCAUUAUGUUCGUGAACCGCCUAAAGAGUAACAGGACUGAGUAUGGUGCUUUUUGUAAAUACAUGGAUAACAAUUUUUUUUAAUUCCGGAUUUUUUUCACCUAUUAUUUUUGUGGUGAAGUAAACUGUAUGCAUGCAUGCAUGAUUGCAUCGAGUUGCUAACUGUUUGUCUUUUGUACAGCCGUUUCUCGAUUCUUAUCUUACCAUUAACGUUGCAUUGACGUAUAUUAGCGAAGAAAAUGCCUGGAUCAUUGAGUUCAUCACCACAGGAGCGGUUUCUGGAGAAGCUGAUGAAACUUGGCACACUUGUGGAUCCGGAAAAACAGAGUUUCAUGUGCGAAAACGACGGUAGAUUGUACUUUCGUGUGACCUCCGUAAAAUUCGAAGACCUCUACGAUUGGUCCAACCCCGACCAGAAAUGGGAGAGUCAUCGUGUUAGCGGUCGUCAGCUGAGACGAUCUAACAGCAUGCCUACAGGGAGCCUGGUGCAGCUCAACGAUGAGGGUAUCGCUCUCUUCCGCUACAAGGAACUGCUCUUCGCCAUUAAAGAGAAAUGCCCCCAUCUAGGCGGCCCUCUACACAUGGGUGAUAUAGAGGUUUUACCGGAUAUGUCCAUCUGCGUCAAAUGUCCCUGGCAUAAGUGGUCCAUUGACCUGACCUCUGGAGAGGUCAAAUCCCCCAAAGGUCGCAAAGAAGUCAGCUCGGUGACCUUUCCCACCAAGAUCGACGAGAGCGGGACCAUCUUCAUCGGGUUUCAGAAAUUCAGCGGGAAGUAUUUUUCAGGUGAUGAAGAUUUUUAGCUGCUACGCCAUUCAGCAUUCUCACCACAAAAUUAACUCCGUAAUUUUCCAGUAAGUGUAAACUGGCCUAGCAAUUUUCCAGUAAGUGUAAACUGGCCUAGCAAUUUUCCAGUAAGUGUAAACUGGCCUAGCAAUUUUCCAGUAAGUGUAAACUGGCCUAGCAAUUUUCCAGUAAGUGAAACUGGCCUAGCAAUUUUCCAGUAGGUGUAAACUGGCCUAGCAAUUUUCCAGUAAGUGUAAACUGGCCUAGCAAUUUUCCAGUAAGUGUAAACUGGCCUAGCAAUUUCCCAAGGACAAUGCUUAGGAAGACCUGAGCACUUCUGUUUGCUGAAAAUGUGCAUCAAUACUGUAAAGGCAGAAUUUUUUUUGUGCACACACAAUGUUCUCAUAUUUUGCAACUGGCUAUUAAACUUUUGUGAAAUGUUAAUGCGGCAAAAUAAUCUAAUCACAAUUGACAUAACAAUUAAUUUUUGUACACUGUACUAUGCAAAAUGUUCUUGCCCUGAAAAUCGCUGUCAGUUACAAUAGCGUGAAAGUAUUUGAUUGCAAUUUCUUUUUAUAAAGGUAUAUUUAUUUCCCCCGUUAGUACUCUUGUUUGGGAAAAACUACUCCUAUUCUAAAGUCUGUUACUCUUGGUAUUAGCUUGGAGCUAUAAGAGCUCCAUGGUAUAAGUACCAAAUGUGUUAUGUGUAAUACACCGAUGAGAACUCAGAUGCCAUUUAUAUGUAUGGCACACAAUGUUGCGCAAAGUCUUGGUUUCUGCUCAUGCUCCUGAUUUGAUGGAUAAAAUCUUCUUUUUUUCAAGGGAUGGCUUGUCUCUUCACGUCAUUUAUAUUGACACCGUCAUGUAUUUAUCAGUAUUCUUAGACCCUUGUUAAAAGAUUAAAAAGGUCUGCCCAGUACAAAUGUAUAUUCUUGCCGCCUUGUAUUUACAUCAUGCGUCAGGUAAACUUAUACAUUUUGUAAGAUAGACAAAAUAUACCAGUUGAUUGAAUCAGAAAAUCUUAAGAAUUACUAUUAUAAGGACAUUGUUCUUAAUCAAUAUCUUAAUAUUGAAAGCCAUUAGAGUCUUGAUAAAUGUUAAAGUACUGAAGACAGUAUUUGUUUACAUAGAUUGUCAGAAGCCUUGUUACACCUAGAAUGUUUACAUGCAGUGUGCUAAUGUAUUCUACUGAAUAUAAUGUUGUAAGGAGGUUCAAUAUUUAUGUCUCAAACAUUCCCUUUCGUUGUAACAUAUUAUAUGCAUCGUUUCGGCUUGGCGGUGCCGAAUUCAUUCCAAAGUUUUAUCUUAAAACCAUGGAUUCAAGCUCAAUAUGCCUGUUCUCGUGUUCAAUGGGCAUGCAAUUACUCAGAGCUUAGUUACUAUGCAAAAGCCCUUAGUUGCAUGCAGUCGCCAUUCAUUUACAAUUUUAGUAAAAACUGCAGCAGAUUUUUUCUGCAGGGGUUUACCGCGCCAUUUUUAAACAAGCCUUAAUGCUUACAUUUUUAACCUGAAGGAUUUUCCAAAUUUGUCAAUUACCUUUGUAAAUUGAGACCAAUAGAGUAAAGAUGGGUAUAAUUGUCACUAUCUAAUUGAAGUGAAUAUACAGUUACCAUCUAAAUUAUUCAUAUCCUUACCAGGUUUUGUAAUUUCUUAAGUAUAAGA